AUUGUCCUCUCUCGUUGGUUUUUGAAAUUUAUGCCCGAUUGGGAUUAUAUAUUUUAUUUUCAGUUAAAUAAAAAGGAAAACAUUUCUAGUUGUAAUCAUCUGGCUCCAUUUUAUGCACCGAGAUCGGCGAAACCAAACAGACGAGGCGUUUCUUGAUAUGUUUCUUUAUACUUUUGAGGGUUUCAUUUCCCGUGUGUGCGAACGAAACUAGAGAAGAAGAUGGAUUCUCACGAUGAGACAGGAUGCCAAGCUCCUGAACGCCCCAUUCUUUGCAUUAAUAACUGUGGUUUCUUUGGAAGGGCUGCGACAAUGAAUAUGUGUUCCAAAUGCUACAAGGACGUGUUUCUGAAGCAGGAGCAAGCCAACCUUGCGGCAUCAUCAAUAGGAAGCAUAGUGAAUGGCAGCUCUAGCAGUAAUGAAAAUGAGCCUGUCAUUAUGGAUGCGGUGAAUGUACAAUCUGGACCAGUGGAGAGACAGAUCUUUUCAAUAGAAACAUCGACUGAUUCAUCCUCAAGCAACUCCCUCCCGAUGCCUAUGAAAGAGGGCCCAAGUAGAUGCAUGACUUGUCGAAAGCGUGUUGGUUUAACCGGCUUUAAUUGCAAGUGUGGAAACCUGUUUUGUGCAAUUCAUCGCUAUUCUGAUAAGCAUGACUGUGCCUUUGAUUAUAGGUCAAAUGCCCGGGAUGCUAUUGCAAAAGCCAACCCUGUUGUGAAGGCAGAAAAGCUUGAUAAAAUAUAGGGCCAAUAGUUUGAAGUGAAGAUUUAUGUCCUGAAGUGCGAUGCUUCUUUCUACAUCUACGUGUCUCUAUAUAAGUUGGCUGCUUGUCUUGUACGCGUCCUCCACGGAGAAAAAUGGUUCAAGUCAUGAUAGUGAGGGCAUCUGUAGAAGUCUACUCCUUGUUUAUUGGUGAGGGCACCAUUCUUGGCUCCAGUGUGAAAGUCUUUAUUUGUGCUGGUUUGAUAGACAUAUUCGGGGUUAACCUGUAAUGUGAAAUUUCGGUUGGCUGCGUUUGUUUCCAGAAGUACAUGGAAAAUUGGUAUUCUCUGUUUCAUGCAUGUAUGCAAUGUUAUGGGCAUUUCUUUCAAUAUUCCCUACAGGUAUAAUGCUCUUCUUGGGUUUAAAACCAUGUCUUUGAAUCUUGGAUAAUUUUCAUUGUUUUUAUAUU